AUGGCCAAGACACAGGCACAAGAGAACCAACCUCCAGCAGGAUACCCAACUGCAACUGAGAAUCCCCCAACUGGGAAGAAGUUUAGGCCUCGGACAAAAAAUAAAGGAGACAGGGGCUUUAUUGAGGGAUGCCUCUUUGCCUUAUGCUGCUGUUGGCUUUGUGAGGAAUGCUUCUGA